AUGUCAAGUCUUCCAACCUUUCAAACUGCUGCAAUUAUUAAAUCUGCCAAUGUCAGUGCUGAUGACAUUGUAAUUGACCAUAAAUUUGAUUUACCACAAUUGAAUGAAGAUGACAUUCUUGUUAGAAAUCAAUAUGCUGGAGUUAAUCCAUUAGAUUGUAAAGUAAGACAAUAUGGGUUUUAUAUUAAUUCAUAUCCAACGAUUCUUGGAGUUGAUUUUAGUGGAAUUGUAGUUGCCACUGGUUCCAAAGUAACCAAAUUCAAGAUUGGUGAUUCAGUUUGUGGUUGUAACAUGACACACAUCAGAGGAACAUACAGUCAAUAUGUUGUCUGCUCUGAAUCUCAAGCAGCUCUUAAUCCAGAAUCAAUUAGUCAUCAAGUUGCUGCCUCGUGUCCAGUAACUUUCUUGACUGCUUUUCAAUGUUUCCUCAGACAUCCAUCAAGUAAGAGUGGACAAAAAGACUCCUUGAGAGGAAAACAAGUUCUAAUCAUUGGUGGAAGUGGUGGUGUUGGAAUGUCAGGUAUUUUACUUGCCAAGAAUUAUUUCAAUGCUGAAAAGAUUGUUACCAUUUCAUCAGCAAAGAAUGCAGACUUUGUUAGAAAGUUGGGAGCUGAUCAAGUGUUAGAUUACACUAAGGGAAAGGAAUAUCUCACUCAUGAAUUGGAAUCUUUGAAAGGUACCUUUGAUAUAGUGUUGGAUUUUGUUGGAUCCUAUCAAGAAUACUAUUCCAUUGAAUUGCUCAAACAAGAUGAAGAAUCACAAUUUGUUACAAUUGUUCACACACCUCAAGGAAUUUCUGGAAAGGUUUUUGGAAGUGAAAGAGCCAAAAAUUUGUAUGCUGAAAGGGAUGGUGAUCAAUUGGCAGUUAUCUUAAAGUGGUUGAGUGAAAGUGGUUUAUGGAAAGACAUUCCAAUUCAUAUUCUAAGUUUGGAUCAAGCCUCACAAGCUCAAAAAAUGAGUGAAUCCAAUAGAACUGUUGGAAAAAUUAUUCUCCAAAUUCCUUAA